UCAGAAUUACGAUUUCAUGUAAUGUGGUAUUAUUGAGCUGAGGGUGGUUCAUGUCUAAACUCUCAGCUUACGACUUUCCUGCAAAUGACGUAGAUUAUAUAUGUGAAAAAAUUCAUUAAACAGACUUUGGAUACGUUUUUAUAACAUCUGAAAGUGUAUUUUUGGAUUUAAAAGCUUGUGCGUUGUUUAAUACUUCUUCCUAGUCCUAUAAUACAGACCCUGUGAUGGCAAAUCGGGGUGGAGCUCAAAGACCUAGCAACACGUCACAAGGCAAAAUUUGUCAGUUCAAGCUUGUUUUACUUGGAGAAUCUGCUGUAGGGAAAUCUAGUUUAGUGUUAAGAUUUGUUAAAGGACAAUUUCAUGAAUAUCAAGAGAGUACAAUUGGUGCUGCAUUCCUGACACAAACAGUAUGCUUGGAUGACACUACAGUUAAGUUUGAAAUAUGGGACACUGCUGGGCAAGAAAGAUAUCACAGUUUGGCUCCUAUGUACUAUAGAGGUGCUCAAGCAGCGAUUGUUGUAUAUGAUAUUACUAAUCAGGAUACAUUUAGCAGGGCUAAAACUUGGGUUAAAGAAUUACAGCGUCAAGCAAGUCCAAAUAUUGUUAUUGCGUUAGCUGGAAAUAAAGCAGACUUAGCAGCCAAAAGAGCUGUUGAGCAUGAGGAAGCUCAAGCUUAUGCAGAUGAAAAUGGUCUUCUUUUUAUGGAAACUUCUGCGAAGACAGCUAUGAAUGUCAAUGACAUUUUCCUUGCAAUUGCUAAAAAAUUACCCAAAAGUGACCAAACUGCAGGCAACGGAGGAGCAAGUGAUGGCAGGAGAGGUGUAGACUUGAGCGAGAACCAACAGCAGUCUGGGGGGUGCUGUAAAUCAUAGGAUGGGUGAAAUUCAGGCAGCAAACUGGCUACCACUCUACUCAUUUGAAAAAAUUCAAAAGUAAUGUACAUUGGACAAUUUGUAUAUAUAUAUAACACUUAUCUGAAGUUUUGGCCAUUGGCAAAAUGUUCUAAAGGUAUACUGAGACUGAUUCUUUCAUAGCAAAUUGUGUGUUGGCAUAUUCUUAUUUUAGAAAUUAGUUAAAGAACAAUAAGGAACAUGCCCACACACUAUCUUAUAACUGAAUAUAUGAAAGCUUGUAAUCUCAGUUGGACAGCAUGAACGAUUUUUUUAAAUAUGGCAUUGUCGCUUAAUUGCUGAACAAUGUUCUGUUAUAGUGUCGUGGAAAUUUUUUUUGCAAAUAAUUGUUCUUAAAAGCAUACUUUCAGUAGUUAUUAUUUGUUAAGUGAUUAUAUUCAGUUUUGUUAAAAUGACAGUAUAGUUUAGACCAUCACAUCGUUUACUUUAAUUUUGCAUGAUGAUAAAAAAUACAGCAAAUGUAUCAAACCAAUUACGGCAAUAAAAUGUCAAUUUCUCUUAUUUUGAAAACUUGCCUGCCUCCUCUGUGUUCAAUUUUAACGCAAUAUUAUAUGGACAGGAUUUAUUUUUUUUACAUUCUGUUCUGUUGAAAGUGAAAAAAAAAAAAGAUUAUUGAUGUUAAAAUGUUUUGUUUGUAAAAUCACUUGUUUUUAUAUAUCCAGCACUAUGUUUGACUGGUUCAAAUGUGUAAUCAUAGUAUUCUGUUAUAUAUUUCCAAAUAAACAAUUUUUUAGUAUCAUUGAUGCCAUUGUAUAGUCAAUUUUAUGUUUUAAUAAUCAAAACUAUGUAAUUUCCUUAAACAUUCCAUAGAUCUUCAUUUUAAUCUUUGAAAAUUAUGUAUUUGGCAUCUAAAGCAUAAAAUGCAAAUCGUGGUGUAAACUCAGUAUGAAAAAAAGACCAUUAAAAAUUUCAAAAACACA